UGUAUUUUGAUAUACUGAGUUAAGGUUUUUUGAAGAUUUAAAAAAAAAACAAAACAAAAAAAACCCCAAUAAAAAAAGUUUAGUCUUUCAAAGAUCAUGCGCCAGUCUGUAUGAUUUGGGGCAGGUAACAUGGGAAGCAGUGUAGGGCAAGUGUGACGUGUUUAAAAGAGGUUCAAUGGUUAUUGGAUGGAAAUGAAGAUGCUAGUCAUAAAAAGAAUGGGCAGAGUGAAAGUGAAACCUAAUCUUUUGUGUUUAUUGUUUCAGUGCUACAGUUUUCCAAUCUCUGUGGUACAAAGAAAUGAUAGACAUCACAGUGUCAGUGGAAAAGCAUGGUGUGCCGAGGGCUGCUAUGAAGCAUGGCUAUGUAGCUGAAAGGAGAAGGAAAGAUUAAAUCACCAGUGACUGUAAUCCGCCCAGUGAGCACCACAGAGCAAUGGUUUUCUUCUGCUUUUUCUUUUUCAACGUUCUGAGCAAAUGUAUGUGCAGCUGAGUGAAAAAGACAACUUUUAUGUUAAAGUUUGGCUUUUCACUCUACUGUGCAUGGGCACCCGCCCCAGUAAAGAAGAAGCAGGAAGAUGAUCGCUCCAAGAGUCCAUAGUGAUUGCUGAAAAGUACCCUGGGAUGGUGCAGUUUCCUGUUAACAGGAGUAUUGGCCCAGGUUAUCAGCUGCAGAUUAAACACAAGCGGGAAACCUCUAGCAGUGAGUAGGUGAAUUGUUCCACCCAGAAAAUAUCAAGGAAACUCACCGUUUUCUUCAGCGUACCAAUGAAGAUGUUCAGGAAGAAAAGCAUACAGAAAAGUACUACUUAUGAAGAACGAGACCCUCUUCUAUCCAAAAAGCAACAGAAAGGACUAAAAAAUGUAAAGGGCCUGAGGCAAAUAAAAGAGAAGUUUGGGAAUCCUCUGCACAUUUUGCACAGCAAACCAGCAGUAAAUUCAAAUGAGACAAAAUCUAGAAAACUGAUUGACAAAAAGCAAUUUCUGGAAGCUUGUGAGUAUAUUUCUAAAAUGAAUUCAACUGAUAAGGAGGCUGAUAAGGAAGCCCUUCUCUUGUAUAAUGAGGUUGCUAAAGAAAUGUGGAAGACAACAACCUUGGCCCUCGGUGGUGAUACGAAACUCCAUAGCCAAAUGAAUGCAGUUGCAGCCUGCGUGAAGUGGGCAAAAACUCAAACAUUCAAAGAUGAGUUACAACAAAGUCCAAAAAUAUGGGAUAAGGAAUUGGAGAAACUAAUCACAAAUCACAUAGAACAAGAACACUUUUCCACUUGUGUAUAUUUGAAGGGUAAAAUAAACCUUAAACAUUAUUUACAGGAACUGGAAACAAAAACUGAACAGAAUAUAGAAGUGCAUAGAUCACUUCUAGGAGACUUAUUCACUAUUUAUUUGAAAAGUUUAAUAGAGUGUAUGCACCGCCACCUGUCAUCACUGGCUAUGAAUGACUUUACAUAUGAAGAAUGGGUGCAGCUCUACAAAUGGGUUUAUGAAGAACGCAAACGGGUGUGCAGAUACCAACGGGAACUAGAGGACUACGAUCCUCAGUUGUAUGAGUGGUGGUUCAGUGACAUGGGAGAAAAGCUAAUUAUCGCUGGCAAGGAAACAAUAAAGAAGGCAUUGCGGGAAAUACUUGAGAAGGAAAUUGGAUGGAAUACUUAUCCAGAGCCUAAGCAUGACUACUAUUUUUGGGAUAUCCUGAAGGCACUAACUGUAGUAACCAAGGCUGUUGAGCCUGUCAGCCCUACACUGGUAUCUAAACUUGAAUCACUCUGUUGGGAUGAGGUCCAUUAUUUUGUGACCAGAUAUGAUUCCUUUAUUCAAAAAAAGGUUAAUGAAAGCAGCUUGGGAAAUCAAGUUUACAUUGCACUGAGGAUUGUAAAGAACUGCCAUAUUCUAAGGAAUACCAUUGAAAAUAUAGAUAUAGCACCUGAAAAUAAAAAUAAUCUCAAUACUGAAAUGAAGAAUUGUAUAAGCCGCUGUGAAGCUAAAGGUCUUCAACUUUCAUGUGCAACUUUGAAAUCAAAAUUGAAGGAGACAUUUCAGAAUCACUUUACAAAAAACUGCAGCGAAUUUGAAAAUGUCUUUAAGCAUCUGCAGAGCGGCUUGGAAGAUGCAGACAUUCAUAAAAAUGAGAUGCAUCUCAAGACCAUCCAUCAUACAGCUGUGACUUUAUACAUUCAAUACUUUUUUGUUCAUCCAAAAACUGUGGGAAUCUUUUUAGUGGGGAGUAAAACACUACAGGAAACCUUUGAGUAUCUGGUUUCAGGCAAGAUUCAGCUUGAUAACCCAUUGGAAUAUAUGUCGGAUAUACUGAGUGGGAAAGACCUUGAAUCUACAAAAACAACGAUCAUGUAUUUCAGUCACAUCCAUCCAGAUAUAAGGAAUGAACAUUUGAAAGUGCUCCUGGACCUGAAUGGAAAUCUAAGCUCUAAAGACAAAACUCACCUCCUAAACUGCAUCGAAAGCAGAAAGGCAGAUGUGAAUGAAGAAAAGAUGUGCUUCUUUAAGGAUAUCAAGGUGAAAAUGUUUGGAGGUACUCUUAGAUAUCUGUGCUGUAGUGGAUAAAGAUUUCUUCACUUUCCUUGUUAUCAACAACUACUACUAACAAGGAUAUGGAAUAAGGAAAGACUAGAACAUUGUUACAUUUGCACUUCCAGCACUUGUCAGAGAUUGCUAUUAUUUAGAACCAUUCAUAUGUCCACCACAAUUCCUAUAUGCAUUCCAUAAUGACUACUUUAUGAAGUGUUUGCUUGCCAGUUCUGUUAAAUAUCAAAAUAAAGACGCUGAACAAACAGGAGCUUUAUAAUAGUGAAAGGUUAGUUGAAAAUCUUUAAAUGAAACAUCUCCACUAGACACUAAAAUGCACUUACAAAAAACGCCAGUGUUUUGAUAUUCUGGUCAACAUUCAUCCCAUGAUGUGUCAGUGAUCAUUGAUAGAAGUCAGAAUUUUAAUGGGGAUGAUAAGAUUAGAUCACUUUGAUAUAUGAAACAGAUUAUUAUGGGGCAGAUUUUGCAAUGCUCAGUGAUUUAAUCAAAAUGUUUGUUUGGUAUAACAUAGUACCAUAUAGCUGACUACAAAUAUUCUAAUAUUCAAGUAACCUUUUGUGCUGUCUUGUUAAGUUUGUGUUCAUUGUAACCUGGGACCUUCGCCCAAACCAUGAAAAUGAGCCCCGGACCAUUGUUCAUCCAAACUGUGCAGUCAAAAGUAAACAUUUAGGCAUGUAGUAUUCUACUGCCAUCUGCCCAACCCAGACGUGCUCAUCAAACUCUCAGAUAGGGAAGCAUUUAUCGCUCUAGAAAAUGCAUUUUCACUGCUCCAAGGACCAAUAGUGACAACCUUACCCCAUUCCAGAUGACUCUUGGUAUUGUAUUUGAUUAGGUUACAUGUGCUCCCUAUUAGAAAAACCUAUACUCCCCAAAAUAAUUCUUGUGCUUAUCCCCCUCGAGCAGUGUUGGACUGGGACAUCAGGGGCCCACCCAAAAACCUUUGACUAGGGGCCCACUAAUUAAUCUUACACACAAGAAUGAAGCGCUCACCUCCGUUUCUUAUCCCUUGAGGACCAGGUGCUUAGCAGUCAAAAUCCCACUCUGCCAUGGGUAUCAAUCAUAUGCAAAUGUCCAACAAACCGCAGCACACUGACACGUUGUUUCUUGUGAAAAAAUCUUUUGU